UUCCAUUCCAGUCUGAGCAACUAUUCUGAUCUAGAAACCCCGGCUUUGCCCUUUCAUGCCAAGGUGUAUUUAAGGAGCUGCCGCUGUUGCUUGGCACCACUCUCAUCUCUCACCUGGUGCUUGCACGAAUAUCGUGGAAUUCCAUCGACAGACUUGGGGGCUCAGUUUGGACAGUUUGCUUUAAAAGCGAGGCCAAAAUGUCGUUGAAUGCCGAUUUGCUCCGUACCCUGCUGGAUCAACUCUCUGAUAUGAUAGGCACGCGUAAGGAGAUGAUCGACUGGCUCAAGGACUUCAUCGACGAUAUAAAAACACAAGAAAUUGCCAUCAACAGCACCAAGACAGGGGCGGCAGCUCUGGGCGUCAUUUCGACCAUCGGCCUCUUCACGCCUUUCGCUCCCCUCGCUAUUGGCGGACUAGUCGCGUCUGGAGGUGCGGCCGUGGCAACCACCAUCGGUGAUCUCAUCGCCAACAAAGUGAAGAGCGGUAACCUGGAAGAAAAAGUCGACAGUAUGAAAAAGGAAGACUCCGAUCUGCAGGAUUUGCACAAGAAGAUUAAGGAGCAAGCUGACAAACUUGCAAAAGAAUUGAAAAUCUCCACCGAGGAAGCGACACUUUUCCUCUUAGUUGGCGUGCCCAAAAUGGUGGUACAGGCUAGCUUGCAGGUGGCCAAGGGAGUCGUUGAAAUUCAAAGAAUUCUCCCACAUCUCCAGGCCAUGCACAACGCCAUGAAGCUCGGUGCCUCAUUAACACAAGCUGCCCGACUGGGUGCCACCACCUUUCAAGGCGGAAGACUGACGGUUACGGGCGUGGAGGGAGGGGCGGCGAUCGCAAGGACCACCCUGGCUGUCACCACGUCUGCAAAGGUCCUGGGAGGGUUUGGCGCCGUUAUCGGGGUAGCCGAUGCCAUCUACAGUUGGAGUACCAAAAACCCCAACCGAAAUUCAGCCGAGAAUCUGUUGCCACAGGUCGAGGGAAACCUCAAGGCCCUUGAGAAAAUAGAGAAAGAGUUCUUAGAACUAAAAGAGCUCUAAAUCCGCAAAGCUGUGUUAGAUAGCUCUGUACUUAGGGCUACUCCUGUACUAAACGGUUUGCUAGAGUAGUUCCACAUCAAAUUCUUGCAUACUGCUGUUCCUAUACAAAUACUUAUAAUCAGAUCAUUCAUUCUGUAGUUGGGAAUUUCCCAGUAAUCUGUGCAGGGAGUGUACAGUCGUGUUCUAUCUACCCUCCUCUAGCAGGAGCCUAACAAACUCAUAAGAUAGAUGCUCCAGUCCUAGCAUUACAUUGCAUCAUGCACUUUCUUAAGUACGGCCGUUUUUUUAAAUUUCUACAUGUAAAUAAAUCUCUAUGGCCAAUCUGAAGGACUAGGUUCAAUUCUGGACUUGAUUUGGGGGGGGGAAGACAAAAAAGAAACAAUCCUUUUAAAAAGAGAAUUGCAAUGUGCACAAUGCUGUCGCGCCUGUGGCCCUUUGCAGUUUCAUUCAGCUAUGAAAAUUUGUUUUCCAACUUGUGGAAUUGAUAAAAAUUCGGGUCCAACAGGAACAGCUGUAUCCUAAAUUGGUAGGUUUUAAUUCUAGUUUUGUGUUUAGCUGAGUAGAUUAACUUGACAUACCGACCCACUAAUCUAACUCUUGAUAAUCAAGUUUAGCGAGCGCCCGUAGAUGCUUUUAGGCUAGGUUCACACCAAGAACCUCUACAUUUUCCCAAUGAAGCUUAUGUCCUCUACGGUCUUAUCCUUACAAUGAUUAUUUCAUUUACUUGAUUGUUUGUAACCCUUUUCAUGCAGCGUAUUUUCUUUUUUGAGCGAGUGUUCCAACCUCAUUACGGCCUGACGGCACCACAAGCUAAUUUUUUUCUAAGAAAACAGAUAAAUCAUCACU